UUCUGUUCGGUGUCUUCGAACACAAUUGCCAUCACAUUUUAACUCCAUUUCUAUCCUCAGAAAAAAGAGGAAAGAUGUCGUCGUCGACGACUGUUCGGCGAGUAAAAGAACGUGGUGGUGCCGGAGGGAAGAUAAUGGCGUUAAAGCCCCAGAAAUCUCUAACGCCCAUCCCCGAUAAGGAAAAUGUCGGCAGCUGCAAGAAGACCGCCGGAAAAGAAAAGCCCAGAUCCGUUUCUGUCACAAGGGUUCCGUCCAUUUCUCAGAAACCUGUGAUUCGCUCGAUUCCCAUGUCGCAGAUCGACAAGGCUGUAGGGCCGGCCAAGGAUGGAGAUGGUCGUGUUCGAUGGUCGACGACUUCCCUUGCGAGAGGUAAGAAUUCGAAGUCGAAUCCUUCUGAUUUUGCUCGUUUUCUUUCCGAUUUCCGUAAGGAUCGUCUUUCUACUGGUUCUUCUUCGGGGUCGACUAGGUCGGUAAAUACUGUAGAAAGUGGUUCAGUGGGCGGAACCAAUCUAGUUGUCUCAAAUGGGGGAAAGGGUUUGAAUGGGUUCAGGGUUCUAGAGAGAUAUCAGCAGAACAAACCCAGUUUGGACUCGAAUUCAAAGGACAAUGAGCUCAAGGUUGUGGGAGGUUCUAGGAAUGUGGAUUCCGGCAAAGAAAACAGAAAAGACCCUAACGGCUCUGGGGCAGUAGAAGAGAAUCGCAAGAAGGAUUCUUUUUUAGACUCGAACGCGAAACUGAGUGUCAGGCACUCAAGUGGUGUUAGGGUUUUAGAUGAUUAUAGGGAGAAAAUUAAUUUAAGCUCACAGUCGAUGGCAUCAGAUGAAAAGGAUGCGAAUAGUGCUUCAGGAAGUAGUAAAUAUAAUUGUUAUUUAGAUUCAAGUUCUAAAGUUACAAGUGAGCAGAUUCCAAAUGGGAAGAGUAAUUCGGAUAAGUAUUCCAAAGGGCCAGUUGAAAUAGCUGCAGAUGGAUUUGGGAAUGUUGAAAAAUCCAGGGAUAUGGCUUGUCUUGGUUCAAGACCAAACCAACCAUGUGAAAAAGCUUCUGGUGUUUCAAAGGUUUCUGAAAUUUCAAAAGAGAAGAUUGCAAAUGAAGGAAAAGGUGUUCGAGCAGUCAACAAAUACCCUAGCAAGCUUCAUCAGAAACUUGCUUUUUUGGAAGGUAAAGUCAAAAGAAUUGCAUCUGACAUCAAGCGUACAAAAGAGAUGUUGGAUAUGAACAAUACUGAUGCGUCAAAGAUGAUACUUUCUGACAUUCAGGAUAAGAUUUCUGGAAUUGAGAAGGCCAUGGUUCAUGUUGUAAAUGAUGAUGGCAGUAGCCUGGAUUCAUCCAAAACAGUUGAAGGCAAUAUUCCUCAUUGCAAAAUUGUGGAGAAGACUGAAACUAAGCAAGUAGAGCAGCCAAAAAGCUUGGCUAAAGGCUUGAAUCAUGAAGAAUUAGAAGCCAGGCUGUUUCCUCAUCACAAAUUACUCAGAAAUCGAACAUCAGUGUGCACAGCAUCAGGAAGCAGUCAAAAUCAUGUACCAAGUUUACGAGAUAGCGUUGGUGAAUCAAAGCCAGAAAAUGGGUCAUUGAGCCCCAUUGAUGAGAAUCCUAUAGCGUUGGAAUUCUUGGCUUCCCUGAACACAAACCAAUCUAAGGUCGGCACACGGGAUGAGCAUGCUGAUUUAGAGUUUUCUGAAAUUCAGGAAAUGGAUGGUACUGCAACUUCAGCAGCACAGAAUAACACAAAGUUUGUGGAUGGAAAGCAUGACUUGGAGAUCAAUUGCGAUGAAAACCUUGAAGAUUUUGAUGAUCAGGAGAAUAGACCAACAGACGUAAUCCAUGAAGAUACUGAGGAUGCCUGCUUGGAUCAGCUCCAUGAAAUAGGAUGCAAGGCCUCGACUGGUGGAUGGUUUGUGUCUGAGGGUGAAGCAGUUCUUCUUGCUCAUGAUGAUGGUUCAUGUUCCUAUUACGAUAUCACCAACUCUGAGGAGAAGGCUGAAUAUAUGCCCCCUGCUGGAGUGUCACCCAACAUAUGGGGGGAUUGUUGGUUGGUCCGAGCUCCUGGUGCAGAUGGGUGUUCAGGACGAUAUGUUGUGGCAGCAUCAGCCGGGAAUACUUUAGAAUCAGGUUUUUGCUCUUGGGAUUUUUAUACCAAAGAUGUGCGGGCUUUCCACAUUGAGGAUGGAAAAACCAUAUCUUCUUCAAGAACUGUUCUUGGUCCACUGCCCAACAACAGUGCAUACAGAAGAAAUGCUUUAUCCACAGUCUCAGCCACUGAAAACCAACAAUGGUGGUAUAAGCCAUGUGGUCCACUUAUUGUCUCAACUGCCAGCAGUCAGAAGGCUGUUAAAGUCUAUGAUAUCCGUGAUGGUGAGCUGAUGAUGAAAUGGGAUGUACAGAGGCCAGUGUUAGGGAUGGAGUACUCAAGUCCUUUGCAGUGGAGAAAUAGAGGGAAGGUGGUUUUAACUGAUACAGAGAACAUUAGUCUCUGGGAUGUGAAUUCGCUCAACCCUCAGGCAUUACUAUCUGUUUCUUCAUCUGGUCAGAAGAUUUCUGCUCUUCACGUGAAUAACACAGAUGCUGAAUUAGGGGGUGGAGUUCGCCAAAGAGUAAGUUCGUCCGAAGCAGAAGGAAAUGAUGGUGUGUUUUGUACUGCGGAAGGCAUAAAUGUCUUAGAUUUCCGUCUUCCAUCUGGUGUGGGCCUCAAGAUAUCCAAACUUGGGGUGAGCAUCCAAUCUGUCUUCUCUCGCGGUGAUUCCAUUUUUCUUGGAUGCACUAAUACGAACUGCACAACAAAAGAAUCAUCAUGUUCACAAGUGCAGCAGUUCUCAGUGCGCAAUGGAAAGCUUCUCAACACUUACGCACUUCCAGAUCUCAAUGCUCACUUCCAUAGCUCUGCCAUAUUGCAGGUAUGGGGUAAUUCAAGUUUUGUGAUGGGUGUAUGUUCACUGGGUUUGUUCAUAUUUGAUGCCUUAAAGGAUGAAGGGAUGCAAUCUAUCCGCUGUGAAAACAUCCAGAAAGUGAGAGACAUUAUUGGUCCAGAUGACUUGUACUCUCCUUCUUUUGAUUACUUAUCUUCUAGGGUGCUUCUUAUAUCAAAAGAUCGCCCUGCACUUUGGAGGCACUUGCUGUAGUUGUAAUAAUAUGCAUUACCUUGUAUAACUAGUGGAAGUUUGCACU